AAACCAUCACGCAGUGUGCAAGAGAAAUCACAAUCGAAAAAAGCUGUAUCUAUCGAGAAGGUUUCAUUGUUAUUGUACCUUUGCUUGGUCUUGAAUAAUAUGACAGAGAAAAGAGGCAUUCCACUUUUUUGCGAGUUUUAGAUUCAAACGAGCCUUGGUAAAAAGGGCGACAAGAAGAACCAACUUUCUAGUAGCUAGCAGAUUUUUUAUAUGUACUAGUAGUCAAAAGGUUCUUCCUACUUUUCUUCGCUGAAUUUUUCAUAAGAUAGAAAUUGCAAAAAUGACGACCGCGCAGCCGCAGACGAUUGUGGAGUUCCGCGCAGGUACUUGGUUCUCCGUGGUUUUUGCUUGUAUACGAAGAAGCGCUACGAAUCUUAUACAGGUGAAUGGAGGUUAUGAAAGAAAUCUUCAAUUAUUUUCAAGCUCCCAUAUUAUGACGAUAGGAAUAUAUGUAUGAACAAGAAGUUGAAGACUCUUGUUCGUUUUCUGAAAUUUUUCAGGUAAAAUGGACUGGGACGGGAAAAUGGUAACACCAGAUAAGAGGAAAGGGAAAUUACAGCUUAUCAAGGAUGCUGAAGGUUUGCACCAUGUAUUGUGGUGGGAUAGGGAGAAAAACGAAAAAAUAGACGACUACGUAGUUGUCGAGGAUGCUUACCUCCAAAAAGUGAACAAGUGCACAACCGGCAGAGUGUAUUUCGUUUUCCUAUCUUCUCAUGAUUUUUGAUCUUGAAAAGAUUGAUGAUAUUCUCUAUCUAUGUGGACAACAGUUCUUGUUUAAUCAUCUUUUUUUAGUAAGUAGGUUAAAGACGCGGCUUUGAAUAAAACUUUCGAAAAUCUUUCCAGAUAUAUUCUGAAGUACACGAGUAGUUCUGUCCGGGUUUUCUUCUGGAUGCAGGAACCAAAAGACGACAAGGAUGUGGACAUGAUCAAGAGAUUUAAUGAUGCCAUAGGUGCAGAUAUACCUGCUCCCCCACCGGCUGCCGCGGCCUCAGCAAUUGCUGGUAGUGGUAGCGCGGCGUCGUCCUCAGCAGCAGCUGCUGGCGGGAACGCUGCUCUUCAGGCACAGCUCUUGGCGCUUUUGCAGAAUGCAAACCUGCAGGGUCUUCCAAGCAGAGGGCCAAGAGUAAUGUUGUUUUGAUAGAAAUUGCAAUGUACUAAUCGUUAGUGUUUAAGCAAGCACGACUAGUUUAUUACCUCGGAUAUACUUCUCGCUCACUCGUUAGCCGCAUCAACCUCGUCAUCAUCCGCUUCGCUUCUAGGUGAGCCUCUCAAAUAUUUUGAAGCCGGACGUGCUCUUAACGCUUGCGGAAGACGCGGAAGCGCUCAGAGAACUAAAAACGCAUAUGCCGAGUUCGCAGCAAGAAGACCAGGACGUCGUAGGUACUGACCCAGAUUCACUCCAGCAGUAGAAUGAACAUGUUCAGUAUAAAGAACAGAAAUGAUCUUGAUGUUAUUAAAGGUUGCCUACGUCCAACUAGAAUUUGCACAAAUACUAGAUGGGUAGUGCUUACUUAUCUCACGGUGUAUACCUGUAACACCAGUUUUUUGAAAAGGAAGAUUCUGACUUUAUUGUUCAAUUUCAAUCUAAUUCAAAUUUUUGCGCUUACCACGACACCACAGAUACGCUUCAUUCUCCGCAGCUCAAAGAAAAUAUGAAAGUGUUGUCAGAAGCCAUCUACAGUGAUCAGCUUCCAACGCUGAUGACUAUGAUGGGAUUACCCGGCGGUGGCAACGGUUCUGAGGAUCCUAUGGAAGUGUUGGCGAAAGCGCUCGAACAAAAACAUAAGCCAUGAGGAAGGAGGAUGGAAGAUUGAUUACCCCAAGGAAUUCCACAACUGACUUCCCUCGUCACAUUGUCGUCUUCCAAGUCCCCUCAUCGCGGCCAUCAUAUCGAAGUCCCCUCUUCAUCGCGGUCAUGAGCUAGAAGUGGUCCAUCUUGCGUCGAGUUGACAGGAGAAGUGUCCCUGUCGUGAUAAAGGAAACGACACAGCGGCACUUCUGAAUUCGAGUGCGUCUGGUUGUUGAUUGACCAGUUGAUGGUUGUCCAUCAACAUGACAAGUUUUUGUCCCACUUCCCAUCGUGGACUGAUCAUCCAGGAGACCCUUCUCCAUUUUCGCCCAACACACAUAUUUUUUGAUAGCCUCUUCCUCGGUGCACCUACUGCGCUGUGUUACCCACGUGUAUAGAAAAAAGCUAUGGGAGAAAAGCUGGUGGUCGAUGGCGAAGGCUUUUGUGCUGUAGACAAUAGUAUGGAUGCUUGGCAUAUUUGUUCCACUUUCGAGCGCAAACGAACGCAUUGGGACGAAUGAAGAUCUACUCUGUCUAGUAGCGUAUGAAUGAAGUUCUCUGGUU